UCUGUGCUCGAUCGUAUCCGCGUUCGGUCGAGGGAUUGGAAAGGUCGUCAGCCAGCUAGUGAGCCAGCAAGCAGUGAGCGAGCAGCGAGCAGCAGUAGAUCCCCUUCUCAGUGCAGUCGAGCUUCCCACCGAAAAAAAAAAAACACAGCACCACCAACGAUCGAGCGACCGCUUUUGGGGGGUACGACGACGGUUGGGUCACAUUCUUGUCGACGAUCGCAUUGGGUGUGCCGCAAGAUCCCGCGUGUCCAGGUGCAAGUGAGUGGAGUGUGCAAGUGAGCGAACGAAUUCGCUAUUUGGAAAGGUCGCUCGUUGCUCGUUGCUAAAGUUGAAGCUGCCCGCUUGCUGUUGCGGUUGUAGCGCGUUGUUUCGUUCGGAGUUCUGUUCGAGUUCGUGUAGUUGAAAGGCUCGCAGCUCGGCUCCGAGUCUCCGGAGGAAGCAGCUGAAGGAAGAUACUAUCAUCAUCAUCAUCAUUAGCAUCACUGCAUCAUCAUGAGGACGAUGACGAGUGGACGCUUGCUGGUGGCCGUCGUGCUGCUGCUGGUGGCCAGUGUGACCUGCGUGCUGAGCCAGCGGAACGACGACAGCAAUCACCGGGCCGCCCUGUUCCGCCGUACCCGCAUCGGUCCCAAAGUCUACAAGCACGAAGAUCAGAGCCGCCCCGGCAUACCGAUCGCGGAUCAUCAGCAGCAGGAUGCAGCGGAAUCUUCGGCUGCCGCCUCGGCCACUAAGGAAGCGGAAGCAACGGGUGCACCCGCAGCUGCGGAUGGCCAGCAGGAACCCGCGGAGGCAGCAGCACCCGCAAAGCCAGUCAUCGGUAAGGCCGGUGGGCUGAAUCGAUUGUUUGCGCGCAAAAAGUACAGUCCGUUGUUGCGCGAAGGAGCUCCGAAAGUUGGUGCUGCGGUGGCCUCUGACACCGGUGCCGCUACGAGCACAACGGUGGCCGCAGCGGACAGUGUGACCGACGGUACGACAACCGCAGCACCCUCUGGCACUACGCGCCGUACGCGACCAACGCGUCCCGGAAAGCUACCACGAUCGACCUCCCCCAAGCCGACCGUAUCCGUGAAGCCAACGAAAAUUGCGUCCCGAUUCUCGAAACCAACGACAGAAGCCACGGAAAGUACGGUUGCCACGGUAACGCAGCGUACAACCCGUGGACGCCGUACGCGUCCUUCGAAGCCCUCUAAACCGGGCAGCGCAGCAGCAGCAGCGUUGACUGAGGCCACCAGCACGUCAACGACCACGUCGACGACGACGACGACCACAACAACAACAACGACGACAACAACGCCAGCACCAACGACAACCACAACAACAACAACAACGACCACCACGCCUCCAGCACCGACCACCACAACAACAACCGCGACGCCUCUUUCCGAUGAACCCACGAUCACGAUCGAGGGUACUUCCGGUGUGCAACCGGUGGCCAAACUAGACAGCAAGCAGGACAGUAACGCAUCACCACCGACCGCCACGGAUGGUGCACCGAUCGUUGCCACCGGUAGCUCCACGCUACCAACGGUGAACGCACAAUCCACGACCUCGAAUCCGGCACCGGCGGUGAGAGUGCAGCCGGUGACCGGCGGAGAACAGCCGGUGGCCAGCGUGGUGCCGGAACGCGAUGAAACGUUGGUGUUGAGUGGAGGGCGACCGAGUGAACCGAAACCGGUUCCGCAGCGUGUCAUUCCGGUGGUGGAGCAGCAACAGGAGGAAGAACAGGACGAUGGAACGGGCGCGAGUGAAGACGAGAGUGUCCUGCAGGCGGCCGCUAGCUUUGAGUCGCCCAACAAGCAGUAACUGGGGUGUGUCCCCUCACAGAGGAUUGUAAUGAGGCUGCUUUCGUUUGCGUUUACGUUUUGCGGAUGAUUCCGUUCCGUUGUUCGUUUCGUUGGAUUUCUUUUUGCUCCACUUUUCCACAGGAUAAGAACUCAGAAGAAGGAGGAGGAGGAGGAGGAGGAAGCAACCAUCCUGUCCAUCCCUAUCCUUCCCUCUAGUGUCUCACUCUCUUCCACAGUGUUCGACUGUUGAGCCUCCCCCCUCGUGUUGUCAGCGUAUGUCGUGAGCCAUUUUUGAGCGAACACUGUGCGAAUGAAUAAAGUAAUUUUUUUUUGUGUGGCCCUUAGUCCUAGUGGGCACACACAGCCUGAA